GACAAGUUGAAUGAAACAGGGGCAAGUAACUCUGAUACAGUAGUGGAAGAGGACAACACUUGGGAAGAAGAACAACCUGGACAUUGAUUAUUGAUUAGUUUGAAGGUCAUAAAUAAAGUUCUUUUCAAUAACAACUUGCAGAUUCCUAAAGAUGGCAAAACAGAUGGGACAAGUUAUAGUUAUUGGUUUAAGCGGGACAACAAAUAGUGGCAAAUCGACUCUGGCUGGACAGCUUGUGAAGAAAUUGCCCAACUGCAUGAAGGUAUGCCAGGAUACAUAUUUUCUGGCCCCAGAUGACCCACGAUUGGAGCCAAUAUACAUUCCAGAGUUGAAACAUCAUAAUUGGGAAGAUUACAGAUCUUUAGAGAUGGACAAGAUGGUAAAUGAAGUAAAACAGUUGAAGUCUAGAUAUGAGCAGGACAGGGGAGAUAACAACAUGUUCCUUAUUGUGGAAGGGUUCUCUGUCUUUGGCUGGAGCCCAUUAGCCAAACUAUUUGAUAUGAAAUACUUCUUAUCAGUGGACAGGGAUGUUUGCUUUGAAAGACGGAAAUAUCGUGAUUAUAACCCACCAGACAAACCAGGCUACUUUGAACAAGUUGUGUGGCCAAUGCAUCUUAAACAUUUAAACAGCAUAAAGGAUCAAGAAGAUAUAGUUUAUUUGGAUGGAAAUGAGACGACUUCUUUGGACAAAAAUGUUUCCAGAAUAUUGUCGGACAUUUCCAGGUUGACAUGUAGUGAAAAUAUAACACCUUCAAAUCUGUGAUAUAAAAAUUAUUCUGUGAAUUGACAAAUCAGGUUUGGUUGUGUUCAAAUGGUUUUGAAAUAACCUAGAAAUCAGUUAUAUGGGCAUUGUAAACUUUUUUUCUCAAACAAUUUGUGUUUUACUCUGUGAGACUGAACUUACAGGAUAACCACCAAGCGAAAACCCAAACUCUGUUUACUGUGCUAAAAUAAGAUUAGUGCUUGUCUUAAUAUGCUCAUUGAUAUUUGGUUGGGAUCCAGCAAAACAUGAUAAAUUUGUAAGAUAUGACAUAGUUUCUUCUUGUUAUAUAGAAGAAAGAAUGAACUUUUAAAGACCAUGGCUUCAGUCUUGUGAGUAGCGUCAAAGAGAGACAAUGAUUACUUUUGUGAUGGGACCUGUCUAAAUAUGUUGCUACACUUGUUUAUUGUUUAAAUAUUGUAUCAUUGAUGAUUUCACUCUUUUUAAGUGAAUUUGUCAAUAUUUGUUAAAAUUGAUAUUGAGCAUUAUUGAAAUGACAUAAUUGUUAUGCUAUCUUACUUUGGCUUUUGCCAUGAGAUACAGUGUAGGUUUCCUAUUUCUGGUGAAGAAAAUCGAGAUGACGGACAGUGUCAACGUCAGUGUAGCAUUACCAUCUUCUUCAAGCUUGUUUACUUUAAAAGUAAUACUGUAAAAUCAUUUAAUUUCGUGGGCAUGAAAUUUCGUGGUUUUGGUCAAAACGGCAAUUUCGUGGGAAUAUGAAUUAGUGGAUUUCAACUUUUGAACAUAAAAUAAAUGGGAAUUUUGUUUGUUCGUUGGGAUUAAAUUUCGUGGAUUGACUCUACAACAAAAUCCACGAAAAUUAGUCCCCCACGAAAAUUAAUAAUUUCACAGUAACUGUUAAAACUAGAGCGAAUACAUGUGCACAGUAAAAAAAACUUGAUGAGACAAGCAGUCAAAAGGUUGAUAAAUGGCUGUAGUGUUCCUUCUGGACAAAAUGGGGCACUUAGUGCAAUAAUGGUUGGAGGGGUCAUUGUGAAACAUGGGUAAGCCAUUAUAGCCAGGAUUGAUGUCAGAUGCAGGGACAUUUCACUGAGGACCAGAAGUGUGUAAUUAACAUGACAUUUGCUGAUGUGCCAAUCUCUUGAGCAUGUCAGGUAUUUAUGUAAUUUUAAUGUAAACUUGUUACUAGUUGUAGUAAGGUAUAUAAUAACAUUUUUGCAGUACUAUAUGUUUAACUCUGGGAUAGGAAGAAUUUACUUGUCAAAUAACCAAGGCUUUCAAGUGGCUUGUCGCCGGAUUUAUCAGAGUUCAGAUGCACAGGAAAUGCACCUCAAGGGAGUUAACUUGUGAGAUUUGUUAUAUAUAUAUAUAUAUAUGGUCCAUAAUUUUAUUAAAAUUUUGCCACAAUUACAAUGAAUGAA